AUGGAUGAGGAGUUUCUUCUUAUGGAUGAGCAAAGAAAGUGGUUUUGUGAAAUGAAAUCUACUCCUGGUAGAGCUGCUGUGAAGAUUGUUGAAAUGACAACAAAGGACUUAGAAUAUGACAUCAACUUAGUUGAUAAAGCAGUGGAGGGUGUUGGGAGGAUUGACUCCAAUUUUGAAAGAAGUUCUAUUGUGCUGCUGGUCGUCGACGAGCCGCACACCGACUGGGUCAAGUGCUUCCGGGGUAAAAAAGUCCUUGGAGAUUAUGACAUCAAAGUAGAACAGGCGGAAUUUUCAGAGCUCAACCUGGUGGCCCACGCAGAUGGGACCUAUGCUGUGGAUAUGCAGGUGCUCCGGAAUGGCACAAAGGUUGUCCGGUCCUUCCGGCCAGACUUUGUGCUUAUCCGGCAGCAUGCAUUCGGCAUGGCAGAGAAUGAGGACUUCCGCCACCUUGUCAUUGGCAUGCAGUACGCAGGCCUCCCCAGCAUCAACUCAUUGGAAUCCAUUUACAACUUCUGUGACAAGCCAUGGGUGUUUGCCCAGCUGGUGGCCAUCUACAAGACAUUGGGAGGAGAAAAGUUCCCACUAAUUGAGCAGACAUACUACCCCAACCAUAAAGAGAUGCUGACACUGCCCACAUUCCCUGUGGUGGUGAAGAUUGGCCAUGCUCACUCAGGCAUGGGCAAGGUCAAAGUGGAAAACCACUACGACUUCCAGGACAUUGCUAGUGUGGUGGCCCUCACCCAGACAUAUGCCACAGCAGAGCCUUUUAUUGACGCCAAGUAUGACAUCCGGGUCCAGAAGAUAGGCAACAACUACAAGGCUUAUAUGAGGACGUCGAUCUCAGGGAACUGGAAGACAAACACUGGCUCUGCAAUGCUGGAGCAGAUCGCCAUGUCAGACAGGUACAAGCUGUGGGUGGACACCUGCUCUGAGAUGUUUGGUGGCCUGGACAUCUGUGCUGUCAAAGCUGUACAUGGCAAAGAUGGGAAAGACUACAUUUUUGAGGUCAUGGACUGCAGUAUGCCACUGAUUGGUGAACACCAGGUGGAGGACAGACAACUCAUUACUGAACUAGUCAUUAGCAAGAUGAACCAGCUGCUGUCUAGGACCCCCGUUCUGUCCCCUCAGAGACCUUUAACCACCCAGCAACCACAGAGUGGAACACUUAAGGAUCCGGACUCGAGCAAGACCCCACCUCAGCGGCCAGCCCCCCAAGGGGGCCCUGGGCAACCCCAAGGAAUGCAACCCCCAGGCAAGGUGCUGCCUCCACGCCGGCCUCCCCCUGGACCAUCACUGCCACCUUCCUCCUCUUCCUCCUCCUCCUCUUCUUCCUCCACCACCCACGGAGAUGCACCUUCCAGCAGCAGCUCCCUGGCAGAGGCCCAGCCACCCCCGGCUGCUCCACCACAGAAGCCCCAGCCUCACCCACAACUCAACAAGUCGCAGUCCCUGACAAAUGCCUUCAGCUUCUCUGAGUCCUCCUUCUUCCGGUCUUCAGCCAAUGAGGAUGAAGCCAAAGCGGAGACCAUCCGGAGCUUGAGGAAGUCCUUUGCCAGCCUAUUUUCAGAUUAGCUCUCCAGAUACACGGGGACACCUAGCCCAACCGGGAAAGGCAUCUGAGACAUUUGCCAAUAGUCAGCCACCCUUGGUGAUGUCCCAUGACCUUGAUGUGUGUGGUCCCUUCCUCUGCUCCGUUGUGCUAAGUGAUAUUGUGCAGCUCAGAAAAGACCAUGUGAAAGUCUCAGGGCAGGUGCCUAACCAGCAAGGGGCAUCAGAUAUCAGAGAGAAUAGAGCUGCUUUCCUGUAGUCCUGCGAGCUUCCUCUGAGGUCAUCGUUUGCUGUGAGUUUAGUGGCCUUAUUGUGACAGUGCCCUCAUGUCUUAUUCUUCUUCAUGAAACCAGGAUUCCCUUCACUGAGGACUCUUGGUAGCUUUACCUAGCUCAGAUGCAGUGCUAAGCAUGCCCCCGCUUUAGUCAGUGCUGCCUGUUUGGAGAGCAUAUACUUACCCAGAAAUGCUCUUGGCUCUAAGUGUUAGGAACCUACCCACUUGGAUCCCUUGUCAUAGCUGUUUAGCUGUUUAAAACACACUUGCCCAAAACAAGAGACUCCUCGACUGCUAUCAUGGUAAAGCACCUUUAGUCUGUUGAUAAUUGAGAGGGCAAGGAUCUGCAGUUCUCCCCACCACCACCUUUUCUCUUCUCUGGAGAGCAGUUCUUAUGUGCGUGCUGCAGUGAUCUCGAGCUCCGAAGCUGCACUGUAGAGAAUGCAUGCCACUGUAACAGCAGUAUGCCAAGUUUUGUGUUCAUCUCCAAAUAAAUGUUAAGACCUUUGGUGUAAUAAAAGCAGCAGCAUUAACCAGCAUUUGAUUCAGCCAUGA